AUGAUCAAUGAAAAUGGAGCAACUAAUAACAAGGCGAAAAUCAUUACAAAAUUGUAUCCUUUCGGUUUUUGGCAAGAUGCGACAGUACUUGGCCACAUUGCUGGAUUAUUAUGCCUCAGCAAUCUUCUUUUUCCGUUUAUGAUCACAACCGUAUCUAUCGCUCUAAUGGGAAGUGUAGGUCAAGCAGAACUCAAUGCGAGCACAUUGGCUUUUGCUGUUUAUGGACUCGUAGGCAAAGCAAUGACCGCCGGUCUUAACUUUGGGUGUGAUACUUUACUGCCACAGUAUUUCAGUGGGAAGAAGAGUGGAAUGGGCAUCGUUCUGCAGCGUGGCGUACUAAUUACGUGUUUUGGUUCUUUACUCUCAUGGUCGUUGAUGUUGAAUGCAAAAUAUGCACUUAGAUGGAUUGAGCAUGACUCACAUGUGAUAACACUUACCAAUACCUUUCUACAGCUCUACUUGCUUGUUGUUCCGUUGGAUGCUGUAAUAUCCCUGUUACGCAUGUAUUUGGCAAGUUGUGGAAAAACACGUCCAAUCGUCAUUAUUUUUGCCAUUGGCAACGUGAUUCAUAUUAUAUCGUUGUAUAUCUGUCUGUAUUACCUCCAUAUUGGCCUUCAAGCAGCACCAAUAUCAGCCAUCUUGUCAUAUACCACCAUAUUACUAGCCUUCGUGGCCUAUAUACGUUCUUCGACGCUCUAUGAAGAAACGUGGCAUCCAGUAACUCGCGCCUGUCUUCGAGAGUGGGACACAUAUCUGAAGUUGGCUGUCCCAGGUGCGUUAUCAAUCUUUAUUGAAUAUUGGUCCGUCGGCUUGAGUGUCCUUUUUGUGGUUAACUUAGGCCCUGAUUCUCUUUCGGCACAAGUUGUAGUGCAGCAAACAAUAUGGUUUAUCUUACAUAUUAUGACAUCGAUUAGUGAUGCAGGUAACAUUCUUAUCGGACGACAACUCGGCGUCAAUCAAACGCAGAGAGCGAUUCAAGUAAAAAAUGUCGUUUACACACUCGCCGUAGCUGCAUUGUCGAUCACUACAUGCUUCAUUGUCCUCGGUCAUGAUUGGAUUCCAAUCAUCUAUAGUGUACCGAAAAGUGCUCAGUCGCUGGCUCAAAAUGCCCUCCUGUUGGCUGCUGUUGUUAAUAUCUUCGAAGGUUUGUAUGUUGUUCAAACUGGCAUAAUCAGAGCAUGUGGAAUGCAGAAGUUCUCAGUGAUUAUUUUAUUCAUCGGCUUCUAUGUAUUCGGACUUCCGUUAGCGUAUGUUUUCACAUACGUGAUUCAUAUGAAUAUUUACGGGUUUUGGCUAGGAAUAAUUAUUGCCGAAUUAAUAAUGAAUACUGUGCUAUUCAUACUUGUGCGGUUUUUCAACUGGGAAGCUGUCUCGCAAACGGCAAUGAAACGAUUUCAACGUGAUGAUACGAUGGCAAUGUCAGAAGACAGUGCGUUACUUAGCAAUAGAUUAUUAAAACAAAGUGCCGACGAAAAUCUUCAGUUAUUACCACGUCGAUGUACUGAAGAAAUCAGCGAAGAAGGAGUCGCAGAUGAUGCAUCACAAAGUUCAUCACACCCUGCAAUAUCGCAAACAUCUGUAUUUGAACUGAUUAAAGUCGAACAAUCCCAUACUCGGAUCCCACCGGAUCCCAUCGGAUCCAAUACAGAAUUUUAUCGGAUCCUACAGGAAUUCGACGGAUCCGAUGAAAUCCUGGUGACGGAAUUGCAUUGGAUUCCGACGGUCUCGGAUCCGAUCGGAUCUCGUCGGACCCGAAACAUGGAUU